ACUUGGCUUGCGAAUCUAGAGGAGCGAGCGUGUCUUUCACGCGACACCAACGAUUCAAAGUGGGAGAUAGUUGGGGACGAUCGGAGACGACGGCGAUGGCGGGGAGGAGCGAGAGGAGAGGCAAAGAGCGAGUGAAAGUGGCGUGGUCUGCGGAGGAGGACGUGGUGCUGAGUAAUCUCGUUGAGAAGUUCGGAGCGAGGAACUGGAGCUUGCUCGCGCGGAGUGUUCCUGGUCGGACAGGCAAGUCUUGCCGUCUUCGGUGGUGUAAUCAGCUCGAUCCGUCUCUUAAACGCAACCCUUUCACUGAGGUAGAGGAUCAGGCUAUCAUCACAGCACAUGGCAUCCACGGAAACAAAUGGUCUGUAAUCGCUAAGCUCCUCCCAGGAAGAACUGAUAACGCUAUCAAGAACCACUGGAACGCCACCCUAAGGCGUCGAUGCAUGGACGUUGAAAUGCUGACGACGAAUAACUUAGUCCCGGAAGAUUCUGGAUUCGAUAGAACGAUGAACACCAUCGCAGCAUCAUCAGAAGAAACUUUCUCUUCAGGCGGUGGUGGCCAUGUAACUACUCCACUUGUAUCUUCAGACGGCAAAGAAGCAACCUCCAUGGACAUAUCUGAAGAACAAUGCAGAGGCAAUGAUCCUCCAACGCUUUUCCGCCCUGUAGCCAGGCUCAGUUCUUUUAAUGCUUACAAUCACAUGGAAGGAUCUUCAUUUAGUAAGUUCCAGUCAUGUAAACAAGACGCAGCAAUGCUAAGAUUGCUUGAAGGAGCUUGCAACGAACGGUUUGUGCCUCAGAAAUGCGGAAGUGGGUGUUGCAGCGACAGUCCCGUUGACAUUUCUAAGCAAAACUCAUUGUUGGGUCCAGAGUUUGUGGACCACUUAGACCCACCAACGUUCCCUAGUUAUGAACUAGCUGCUAUAGCAACGGAGAUAAGCAGCCUCGCUUGGUUGAGAAGCGGUUUAGAGAGUAGCAGCGUGAGGGCUAUGGAAGAAGCAACUGGUCGGUUAAGGCCUCAAGGCUCAAGAGGACAUCGAGAUCAUUAUCUUGCAUCUAAACAAGGAAAGAGCAUAACCAAUGUCCUGUCUACAUAAAAAUGGUAGAACAGAUACAUAGUGACUUAUAUUUUUCUUCAGAAUUUUAUACUUUUUUUGUUGUUGUGAUGUAAUUUAGUAGAAAUAGUUUCUAUAGUUAUGAGUUUUGAGUCUUUUCAACUUA